ACCAAACCGAGCCAUCAUCUAGCUUCUGUCGUCACAAAUCCGGACUCAUAGACUGCGCUGCAAACCGACUUCUCGUUGCAACAGCACCAUUGUCCUUCAAUUUCUUAUCGACUAGAUAACUCCCCGCAAGGUUAUUCUUCUCGUCAACAGCAUUAUCUCGUGCUAGGUCGCCUGCCGGUUCUGCGGUACUCGGUCUCUUUGCUACCAGUCUACUGGGACCACCGCUCCUGCUGGUUAGCCCCUAUAGCCCUUUGUCUGCGUCGCAUUCCUUUGCUGUACGCCAAGCUGCUUUUGAUACGCCAGCUCACAAGGACAUCCGGCGUGGGCAAGAGAAUAUACCGCACCCAGGCCAGGCGUUGUCUGAAGAGGAGGACUCGAAAUUGUACAUCAACAGGCCGUGAUGAUGAAGCGGCCGAAGAUCGUGACUCAACACCGUAUAAAAUCUGCUCGUUGACCAUUAGAGAUCUCUCUCGGCACGCAGGAGUCUCUGACGACCUGUCAAUAUGGAUCAACUGCACGAGCAACCUGCUCUCCGGAGGCUUGUGCCUCACUGGAACUUUGGCCUGAUCGCUGCCUCCAUUGCAGUGUCUCUGCUGGGCGCUUUUACCGCAACGCAGAUGAUGUGUCAAGCACGAACCUCUCGGUACUUUAGUGGUGUACUGGUAUGGACAUUACUCGGCAGCUUGACGUUCGGCUUCUGUUCGAUAUGGAGUCUCCAUUUCAUUGCCAUGCUGGCUUGUGAACUCGAUGUUCGAAUAGGGUUGGAUGUGCCUCUUACGAUCGUCAGCGCGAUCCUGGCGGUCUCCUUCACGUUUGCCGCGUUGGGGUUGGGUCUUCUGCGAGAUCGCUAUCUGACCAGCAAGAGGAGGAAGCACAAGGCCAGACGGGAGUUCCGGAGAGAGGUUGCGCAAGAUUUUCCGUUAUCAAAUCACAAUGGGGAUGCGAGUACGGAUGCCCUCCUUGAUCCACAGUCAUCGGACGAUCAAGAGGACUCUCUUACAUCCCAAGAAGCUACCGAUCUUGAAGAACGAGGUCGCUCCGGAAGGCACCUUUUUCGAAGCGACAGCGGCCUGGGCCCUCUCGAAGAACACUUCGCCGGAGCAAACGGUGCAACCUUGGAGCCAGGAAGUCAUCGUUCUUCAGCUCUGAGCCCGAGUCAGUCUUCCAAACCGCGAGGCCAUUUUUACUAUCAGGGGUCCGAAGCUGAUACGGAGAGCCUGGCAAGAAGUUCAAUGGAGGGCGAUGUAUCUCGUCGGUCAUCAACGACGCAGGGUUCUGAUAGCAGCAGGCUCAGCAUCCCAGCCUUCAUGAGCUUCAAGACGUCAAAACUCGGCUCCGACCCUGUCAGCGGGUUGACUGGCAUUGCUGGCUUACUUUACCACGGUGCGAGCCCGCCGAAAUUUGUCACAGGUUUCGUUUGGUCACUAGCAAUUACAAGCAUGCAUUAUGUUGGCGUUCUGGCAAUGAAAAUCCCGGACGGUCAUUUCACAUUGCAACCUUCCAUUGUCGUGCUCUCCGCCCUGAUCAGCUGGCUGGUGUGCACAACUGGAUGUAUUUUGAUUCCACAAAUCGAGGUCAACCUUACUCAGCAGCUGGUCUUCUCUAUCGUCGCUGCUGCAGGAGUGGCAGCAAUGCAUUUUACAGGAAUGUGGGCGACAACCUUCUGGUCACGAGGACCCCCAAGUCAGGACCGAGGAUACCCUCCGGAUUUACCCGUCGCUGUUACUAGCAUCGCGAUUCUGACUUGUAUGCUUGCCAAUGGCCUGCUGGCGCACUCUGCCACCAUCGCACGGAACAAGCUGGCCGAGAUCGUCCAGACGCGGAAGAAGCUAUGGGCCGCCAUAGCACAGAAGGAGAAUGCAGAGGCGGCAGCAGCAGCAAGGAGCGAGUUCAUUGCGUCAGCCUCUCAUGAGAUUCGUACGCCUCUCCAUCAACUACAGGGCUACAGCGACCUGUUGUCGCGCAUGGAACUCAAUGGCGAGUCUCGUCUUCUACUCCUCGCCAUCCAAGAAGCCACCAGAUCCCUGUCGAUGAUUACGGCGAAUGUGCUAGAUUGGUCGCGGCUGGAGAAAGGCGAAGCCAUCUGUCGGCCUACAAGCUUGGACUUACGCAAGGCGUGUGAGUCGAUUCUCAAUAUAUUACCCAGAAAGGAUGACGAAGCGGCUCCGGAACUGAUGAUAGUGGUGGCACCAAAUGUGCCCGAGACUGUGUUCCUGGACGAAACAUAUUUGCAACGCAUCUUGAUGAAUUUACUGACGAACGCCUUAAAAUUCACCCAAUCCGGUUACGUGAUUCUUCUUGUGGAAUGCGUCGAGACUACCUUGGUAGUCAAGGUCAAGGAUUCUGGCUACGGCAUACCUGAAUCCUUCAUACCUCACCUAUUUGAACCAUUCAAACAAGCCCAGACAAGGGGAGCUGAAAGGGGAACAGGGCUUGGAUUGGCCAUCAUCAGACAGCUUUUGGAGAAGAUUUCAGGCACCAUUUCUAUUGAAAGUAUAUGCAGCAAGGUGGACGGAGGCGAGCUCGCCAAAUCCGGCAGCACCUUUACCGUUACUAUUCCAACAACCGGCCCGGUUGACCCGUUGGAAUCUUCGAUCCCUCUUGGAGAGAACCUUCAAAUGGCUGUCUACCAGAAACCUGGAAGUCGUCUUAGCGAAGGACUAGAAUUGGCGUGGUCAGUAUAUGGCUUCAAUGUUGUCGUGGCAGAUCCUGAGGAUGUUAUAUCUGAUUCCUGGAGUUACAUUUGGGCCGACCUCGACUAUCUGAAGGAAGAUUCCUCACUACUGGGUCGUCUUCUGCAACCGAGAGAUCAGUUUGUCAUUAUGCCGUAUGACUCCCAGUUUCUGUUGGACAAAACAAUUGGCGCCGCUCCUCCCUCACACGUCAUUCCCAUCCAACGGCCUCUCCUCUGGCAUCGCAUGGUGACCAGCAUUGUUUCUGUGAUCCAGUCUGGUAAAUCUCCUGCUGCCGAUCGUUCAGUCAGAUUUGCUCCGAUGGUGGACGUUGUCGAGAAUGGGCCCAAAAAUCCCAUGAGGGAGAGAAAAGCAUUGAGUGGUUCAACCGUGCUACUGGUGGAAGAUAACAAAAUCAACCAGAAGCUUGGUGUAAAGAUGCUGCAGACGCUGGGCUACAAUGUCAUGACAGCGGAUGAUGGACAGGAGGCGGUGGAAAAGAUUGUUGAACACGAUUCACAGAUCGAUCUCAUUUUGAUGGAUCAAUCCAUGCCACGCAAGGAUGGUGUCACAGCUUUGAAAGAAAUUCGAGAGAUGGAGCGAGACGGAACUGUCUCUAGGUCACGACCAUUGAUUAUGGUCACCGCGGUGGUUGGGCCCGAUGCCGCUUCGCUCUGUAUGUCGAGCGGUGCCGAUGCUUUCCUUCCAAAGCCACUGUCCCUACAAAAGCUCGACCUUACGCUGAAGAAAUUUUUGGGCUGAGGCGGACAGGACCGUCAUUCCACCCUGCAAGAUGGAUAGGAAACGUUCUACAACGCCCUUACGACCCCGACAUUAGCGAGGAUCUGGUUGUCGUUUCGCGCCUCACCUCGCUCGACACCAAUGUACCAAUACCAGAUAUCUGGAGAAGACAGGGUGGCAACUGUGUUGAACCAAAGACUUGGCUUGUUAGAAGUCCUGGUCAGCUGGUCAUGUUGCCGUAGACAUAAACCCCAAUAGGGGCCUCGGGGCCUAUACAAGACAUUGGGCCGAAGUUGCCAUGUCGAAUGAGACCACAGGAUUACGCAAUUGAAUGCCCAUUUUU